UCAGUUGCCACAACUAUGUCGCAAGCCCUCAACAUGUGGACGGUGGUGCUUCUGGUAUUACUAUGUGGCCUGGUCCAGGGAUUAUAUCGAGUGGACCCUCUUGUGUCUACAAAAAAAGGCCUCAUUCGAGGACUUCGAUCUAAUGAGGGGUACGCCCAGUUUCUGGGUGUUCCUUAUGCAGUUGUGGAUAAAAGCAAUCCUUUUGGGCCAUCAGUCCCACACCCCGGCUUUGAUGACAUCUUCGAAGCAUACGAAACAAAAGUAUGUCCUCAAGUAUACAAUGAUGUAGUGAUGGGAACCAUCGAUUGCCUCAAUAUGAACAUUUACGUACCGAGUGCUGCUACCUCCCAAAACCGUUUGCCAGUAAUGGUGUGGAUACAUGGAGGAGGUUUCGUUUUUGGCAGCGCAGAAGCUGAAGGCAGUCCUAGAUUAUUAUUGAAACAUGAUGUCAUCGUCGUAACGAUAAAUUAUAGACUUGGCGCAUACGGUUUCAUGUGUUUGGACAUCCCAGAAGUACCAGGCAAUCAAGGACUAAAAGACCAAGUGUUAGCUCUGAGAUGGAUCAACGAGAACAUUGAAGCUUUCGGAGGCGAUGCAGGACAAAUUACUGUAUUCGGUGAAAGUGCCGGUGGAAUGUCUGUGAACUUUCAUCUGCUAUCUCCAUAUGAGACUUUAUUCCAGAGAGCCAUAAUUCAGAGUGGAUCAGUAUCUAGUCCUUGGUUAAUAAUGGAUUCAAACCAAACAGUAGCAAUCAACUUGGCUAAAGCCUUAGAUUUUGAAACCGAAGACACACUUGAAGCUUUAGAGUACCUCGCGUCUGUGGAUCCUCAAACGUUGGUCAAACUCGCUCAUGAUUUGAAAAUAACCACUCUUACAGAAAAUAGUAUUCCCAUUACGAUGCCUUGCAUUGAGAAGGCAAUCGAAGGCGUGGAAUCUUUUAUAACUGAUUAUCCAAUGAACAUAAAUUCGCCUAAACUCCGCAACACUCGAGUUAUUAUUGGUCACACAAACAACGAAAUGCCGUUCUUAUAUGGGGAUGUUGAUGCAGAUUUUUUUUCAAACUAUGAUUUUAGUUUCAUUUCUAAUGCAUUUGAUUUAGGAGAUGAUUGGGAGGAUGCGGUAAAUGAUGUGAAACAUUUUUAUAUUGGAGAUGAGCAACUUAGUGCAAAUGUUGCAGAUGGAAUAAUUGAUUUUGCUUCAGACUUUAUGUUUAACCACCCAACACAAAGAAUGGCUGAGAGACUAUUAGACAUUGGUGUUAGAACAGUUUACCGAUAUGUUUUUUCAUACAGUGGUGGGAGAAACUUAAUAAAACUUCAAGCCAACUUGAAUUGUACUGGAGCUACCCAUGCUGAUGAGCUUGGAUACUUGUUUGAUCAUGAUAUGUUUGGCGAAGAAAUUACUCCAGAAGACCAGCUAAUGAUCGACAGAAUAACAACGCUUUGGAUCAACUUCGUAAAAUAUGGGGAUCCAACUCCAACUACGUCGGAGCUGCUUCCAGUAAAGUGGCAGCCUAUCACAAAGACCAGCCAGCCUUACUUGAACCUCGACUCAGACCUCACUCUUGAAGCCAGACCGUUCCACGACAGGAUGGCGUUCUGGGAUCUUUUUUAUAAACUCUACAGAAAUCGACACAGACUUGAAGUUUCUAGAAAAUAAAAGGUCUCAAUUUAUUUUCCAUGUAAUUGUGUUUUCAUUACUGUUUUAUGAAAGUUUAUUUUUAUUUAUCAUUAUUUUUGUUUUUUAGUUUAAUUUCGAAAAUAAUAAAGAAAACAAUUUUAAGUGAAACAUGCGUA